GCUCAGGUGACACCGGGGAACGGGUGGCCUUCCGCGGUGCUCACCAGGCGACGGGGGUCGAGGGACUGGGGUUACGGUCAGGUGGCGUUCCCACCCUCUCUUGUUUGGCUAAUGCCCUCGUCCAGCCUGGUUGGAGAAGCGUCCCCUGCGGUCCAGGCCCCAACGUGGGGGCCGGCUGCUUGCGGGGGUCCCGCUUCGUGAGACCGCAGACGCGGAGGCCGCUGGCAAGGCCCAGGCUGAAAGAGGUGGCCUUUGAGGGGGGACGACAGGAGGGCCUUGGCCCUCCCCGGACUCCUGGCAGAGAGAGCGGGCGGUCACCAUGGCGAUGCGGGAGCUGGUGGAGGCCGAAUGCGGGGGUGCUAACCCACUCAUGAAGCUGGCCGGGCACUUCACCCAGGACAAGGCCCUGCGGCAGGAGGGCUUGAGGCCUGGCCCCUGGCCCCCUGGAACUCCAACUCCCGAAGCAGUCUCUAAGCCUUUGGGAGUAGCCUCUGAAGAUGAGUUGGUGGCUGAAUUCCUGCAGGACCAGAAUGCACCCCUUGUCUCCCGUGCCCCUCAAACCUUCAAGAUGGAUGACCUCCUGGCUGAGAUGCAGGAGAUUGAACAGUCCAACUUGCGCCAGGCUCCCCAGAGAGCCCCUGGUGUGGCAGACUUGGCAUUGUCUGAGAACUGGGCCCAGGAAUUUCUUGCAGCUGGAGAUGCUGUGGAUGUAACUCAGGAUUAUAAUGAGACUGACUGGUCCCAGGAAUUCAUCUCUGAAGUUACAGACUCCUUGUCUGUGUCCCCUGCCCGCUGGGCUGAGGAGUAUCUGGAACAGUCUGAGGAGAAGCUGUGGCUGGGAGAGACUGAGGGAACGGCUGCCACCGAUCGCUGGUACGAUGAAUAUCAUCCUGAGGAGGAUCUGCAGCAUACGGCCAGUGAUUUUGUGGCCAAGGUGGAUGACCCCAAAUUGGCUAACUCUGAGUUCCUGAAAUUCGUGCGGCAGAUUGGCGAGGGGCAGGUGUCUCUGGAGUCCGGUGCGGGGUCGGGCCGAGAUCAGGCAGAACAGUGGGCAGCAGAGUUUAUACAGCAGCAGGGUACCUCAGAUGCCUGGGUUGACCAGUUCACACGACCAGCAAACACCUCUGCUCUUGACAUGGAGUUUGAACGAGCCAAGUCAGCUAUAGAGUCUGAUGUCGAUUUCUGGGACAAGUUGCAGGCAGAGUUGGAGGAGAUGGCAAAACGGGAUGCUGAGGCUCACCCCUGGCUUUCUGACUAUGACGAUCUCACGUCUGCUUCCUAUGAUAAGGGGUACCAGUUUGAGGAGGAGAACCCCCUGCGUGACCACCCCCAGGCUUUUGAGGAAGGGCUGCGGCGGCUUCACGAGGGGGACCUGCCAAAUGCUGUGUUGCUGUUUGAGGCAGCUGUGCAGCAGGAUCCUAAGCACAUGGAAGCUUGGCAGUAUUUGGGGACCACCCAGGCAGAGAAUGAACAGGAACUGUUAGCCAUCAGCGCGCUGCGGAGGUGUCUGGAGCUGAAGCCAGAUAACCGGACAGCACUGAUGGCACUGGCUGUGAGCUUUACCAACGAGUCCCUGCAGCGACAGGCCUGUGAAACCCUGCGAGACUGGCUACGCUACACACCUGCCUAUGCCCAUCUAGUGGUGCCUAGUGAAGAGGGGGCUGGUCGGGCAGGCUUGGGCUCCAGCAAGCGUGUCCUGGGCUCUCUGUUGUCAGACUCCCUGUUCCUUGAAGUGAAGGAGCUUUUCCUGGCAGCAGUGCGCCUGGACCCUUCGUCCAUCGACCCUGACGUGCAGUGUGGUUUGGGAGUCCUUUUCAACUUGAGUGGGGAGUACGAAAAGGCCGUGGACUGUUUCACAGCUGCCCUCAGUGUUCGUCCCAAUGACUAUUUGCUGUGGAAUAAGCUGGGGGCCACCCUGGCCAAUGGGAAUCAGAGUGAAGAGGCAGUGGCUGCGUACCGCCGGGCCCUCGAGCUGCAGCCUGGCUACAUCCGGUCCCGCUAUAACCUGGGCAUCAGCUGCAUCAACCUUGGGGCCCACCGGGAGGCUGUGGAACACUUUCUGGAGGCCCUGAAUAUGCAGAGGAAAAGCCGGGGCCCUCAGGGUGAAGGGGGCGCCAUGUCAGAGAACAUCUGGAGCACCCUGCGUCUGGCGUUGUCUAUGUUGGGCCAGAGCGAUGCCUAUGGGGCAGCUGAUGCCCGGGAUCUGCCCACCCUCCUGUCUAUGUUUGGCCUGCACCAGUGACAGUGGGAUGGGCUGCCCUGUGAGUGUCCGCCUGAAGGGGUCCCUGCUCUGGACGUGACUCCCUCUCCCCAAACGGGCCUACCAAGGGGGUGGGCUGAUGACCACAAGCGGUUUGGCCUCUCAGGAGCUGUCUCAGGGUAGAGGCAGGCAGACUGUGUUCUUGACCCUACAAAUUGUAGGAAAAUGAGCUGUGAUGUCCCUGAGUCCCUUGAUACUUCAAGGGCUGUGCAGCCAGCUAUAGAUCUCUCUGCUCAUCAUGCCCUUUCUCGGUGCUGCUUUCUGGUAGGACCCAAAAGUGUAGGGUAACUGUUGUUAUCAGCUGCCAUUCCUGAUAGGGCCUACCACAUUUGUAAUGCCCAUCCUUUCUUCCUCUUUUACUGGGAAUUGAGAAUAGUUUAGCUUUGUUCAGGGCAAAGUGCGUGUAGGAGGUUCUUCUACCAAUGCACCUCUAAAGAUGAUUCCUUCUGGGGUGGGAUGUGUUAGGGUUGGCCUGAUUGAUGUAGAUGUUGAUCGGGCUCAGCAGAGCUGAGUGUUGGUUGGUAGGGGUGCUCACGGGUCUGUCAUUCUUGGACCUCCCCUGGCUGUGAACUCAGAUCCCCUGUCAGUGUGAUGCUGCACAAAGUCAUGCUGGUAUCAUUAUUUGUAGGGGUCCCGGGAGCUUGGGUGUGGCUCAUCAAGGGGUCAGGGUCAUCAGCUACAGAGUGUUUGGGGGUGGGGCAGGAGGGGGG